GAGAGAGAGAGAGAGAGAGAGAGAGAGAGAGAGAGAGAGAGAAUGCCAUUCGCCGGGCUGUUGAAGGGACCGCUCACCGUCGCGAUCGGUCUGUGACGAGAAGCCGCUACGAGAGACAGAGAGAGAGAGAGAGAGAGAGAGAGAGAGAGAGAGGGAGAGAGAGAGAGACACAGACUAUGUGCAUUCCGUGGUCGCGAGAGCGAGUUGAUGCGUGACCGAGGCGAAACGCGAGAGCGGUGAUCUUAAGGCGAAAUUUCAAUGCCGGGGGUUCGCAGGAGCGUGCAAUUUGUGCUGUGCUGUGCAUCUUGUACAUAUAGAUAUAUAAAUAUAUAAAUAUAUAUAUAGAUAUAUACAUAUAUUUAUGUACACACAUGUAUCUCGGCCCGCGAGUGUUUACCUUCGACGACCACCUGUUGCGCGGUUAACCCGCGCAAACGUCCCUCUUGUGUCACGUUGGAUUAACCGGAUUACGCGCGCCGCCGGGAUACCCUACGCGCGGAGAUAAAUCAUCAGCCGUUGGGGACGCCGCCAAAGUCAAAAGCAGCAGGAGAGACGCGAGAGGAGAGGAAAGGCGCACCCGUGAAGUCGCAGGCGGAGGAUUCAGGAGACGAGGGAAUCUAGUGAGGACGCUGGACGUAGCGGCGACGAAAUGAAGCAUGCAGCAUGCGUGGUAGCGGUGUCACGGCUGCGCGGUCUUGCCUUCAACCCCUGGUGUCCGCCAGCCGCUAUCUCGCCGUACACGCCCUCCCCGGUGAUCCUCUCUACUUCGUCGUCGAGGCAAAGUCGAGAGUGAAGGAGGUUUACACGCAGACAUGCAUGCUUCUCAACCAACAGGGCAUGCGAGAUUGCGAACUUUUCGGCUUAGCAAUAUUGUCCGACGGCGAGUAUCUCUUCGUGGAUCCCGAGAAUAAGCUGAGCAAAUACGCCCCGAAGAAUUGGCGAAACUCUCACACAUACGGUUUAGACAGCAGCGGGAGGCCAGCUUUUGUCCUCUACUUCCGAGUUCGCUACUACGUCGACACACCGUUACUCUUAAGUGAUGAGACGACGCGGCAUCACUAUUACCUGCAACUGCGCGACAACGUCGUCAGGCAUGGUGGCGGGGUGGAGAGCCUUCAUCCUCACCAUCCCCUUCACGAACCAUCCAUCGUUACGCCUCUGCUCACGCUCGCUGGGCUCGCCCUUCAAGCCGAUCUUGGCGACUAUUCCGAGGAACGGCACAGACCACACGCAGGAUCUGUCGGCUACUGUAAACCUUCGGAUUACCUUCCUCCCCACAUGUGCCACGAGUCGAAUGUGCUCGCCGUGCUCGCGGCCCAGCACAGGGACAACAGUGGGCUCUCGAGGGAGGAGGCAGAGUUGCAGUACAUUCGGGAGGCGGUGCUGCUGGAGGCACCGCUCAACGCUCACCUGUAUCGGUUGCGCCGAAGCAAGAACGAGGCGGGACCCGGACGUAUACUCCUGGCGAUAUGCGCUCGCGGGGUGCGAGUCUACGCCGAGGAGGAGACACCGCGCAUUUUCGCGUGGAAUAACAUCGGCAAGCUGUGCUUCGACCGUAAAAAGUUCGAGAUCCGUGCGGUUGAUCAGCCGGACAAACUCACCCUGUACAGCGGCUGCGAUGACAAGAGCAAGCUCCUCUUGGGACUUUGCCGUGACACCCAUCAGUUCUCCAUGGCUAUAGCGCCUAGAGUAAAUGAAGCCAAAAGGCGGGAGGAGGAAGAACGGAAAGUCCUGAGGGACUGUUACAUGUAUCCCGCCCGAUGUAAGCUGAACUUGACGACGCACGGGGCGCGCGGUGAUCAACGGAUUUCGGUCAUCUCGAGCACGUCCUCGAACACGACGUCCGGCAUCGUGAGCGAUCGAGUGCACAGCGAGGACGAGCCCGACACCGCCCCGGCAUCGACCGAGUGCCUGCCGCGUCUUACCGAGACGGCACCCUACUCGGCCGGCCAGGGUAGAGUGUUAAACGGCAACAAUACGGACACGGACAAUCAUUCUAUGCCACCUUCUCCUGUUUCUAUCGUCGACGGUCAAUUUUCAGAAGUGGAUGGCGCGGAUAAUACUCCCACGUCGGUGGCGUUGCGACUCGCGUCGAGCACCGCGAUGGCCGCUGAGGGCUCGCAGUGCAGCAGCAGCUGCAGCACGGUCGUCGUUGUCAACACACCUGCGGGCGGGCCGUCGCGAAUACGCCGCGCCUCGGCAACCUCCAGCUUGGAGCUGGGCUAUUCGCACACGGCUCAAAACUCCGCAGUCUCUUCGGAGACUGCCAGCUUUCCAGGCGCCAUUUACGACAGGUGCAAGAAGACCGGAAAGUAUGCAGGUACCGACAUCGCAAGCGAGACCAGCGGCGUGUACACUCUGAGAAGCAGCGAGAUGCAGGACGAGAGGAUCGGCGACGACCUGUAUUCCCCUACGGGCGACACCAACGAGUCUUCGGCAGCGAGCGAUGUAUGCGCCUUGAGCUCGGUCCAGUCCACCACCGACGAGGCAUCCGUCACGUCCGGCUUCUACACUAUCCAUAGCGGGCUGCGGUCGGAGAGCAGCGACGUGUACACCGAAGACGUCGGUACAGAACCGGAAGACCAAGAGCCGAUAUACAGUGUGUGCAAAGGUGACGACGACGGGGUCUCUCUGAGCCAACAACUUGAAGACUCGCGGUCACGUAGCAACAGCAUCCUCAGCGCGGGUAGCUUUCAUGGCGACGGCAGCGAUCCGUCCAGCGCGCGGCCGCUGUUGUCGGCCGACGAACUGUCGGACUUGAUAGUGGGCAGAUAUCCACCGCGCAAAACCAUCAGCAACUCGAUGGACUCGGACUGCGACUACGUGACCAUGCCGUUACCGUUGUCGUUGCCGUUGCCGACACCACCGCCCCCGCCUCCACCACCCAGGACGGACAGCGAGCGGCAGCUAUUGCUGUUACCGCCACCACCGCCAUAUCCGGUAAACAUCGAACCGUACGCGACGAUCAACACUGCUAAAAGACCGGGUGUGCAACUGGAACUAGACCGGGAACGGGAACCACCGCCUCCGCCGCCACCGUAUAACGCGACACGCGGUGGCAACGGUGACUUCGUGGUACCGCUACCACCUAGGCGAACCGAUCUGCCGCCACCGCCGCCGCCGUACACCUCGCCGCGAGAAAGGAUCCAGAUGCCGCCGCCCACCCCGCCGCGGAACGAUGCGAUAACACCGCGGGAGCCGCCACCUCCCCCGCCGCCUUACCCCGACGUCGUGACGACGGCGCAGAUCGGCCCGGCCGUCACGAGAAUCGCCAAGACCAUCGCCGUGGACGUCGCGGCGACUACGACCGCACCAAAACCACCGCCCAGGAUACAGCCUCCUACUUAUCCUGGUGAUAAGAUGAAGCCCACGCCGGUGCACGCUCCGGUGGCCGCUCUCGUGGUGGGUCCGAACAAUUACUUGGACGUACAUGCUUCCCGAGGUGGUCCGGUGCUUCUGCCGUACUUGGCAUCACCGCCGCCGCCACCACCACCACCUCCACCUCCGAUGGUGCACUCGAGGCUGCCGCCACCGCCGCCUCCACCAUCGUCUCAGCAGCAGCAACAGCAACAGCAGCAACAGCAACAGCUACAACAACAGCAGCAACAGCAGCCGUCGACGACUCCAGCACUCACGUUGUCAUCCGCUUCCAGUCUGGCGACCGUGUACACAAGUCAGGUCGCCAGAUCGCAGAUAGAACAGUACAAGCAGCAACUGUAUUCAGACGUCGAUUACGUCAUGUUCCCGUUGAAGGACCCGGCUGUGUCGAAGCAGGAGUACAUUGACGCCAAGCAGGGCUCGCUGUUGGCGGCGAUGGCGGCCUACCCGCCACCGCCGUAUCCGUCCUUCAGCAAGUCUUCGGUGAUGUAUCGCAGCACACCCUACUUGCCUGGCGCCUCUUUCUCCUCGCCCCCGUCCAAGUACGCGUCCAAUCAGAAUCUGAGCAGCAGCGACGCCAGUUCCGCCGGCAGUUAUUUGCUGCACAGCAAUCUCAGUAGUCACUAUGCUGCCAGCACGAGCUCGCUCUACAGCGGCACGACAUGUUCGUCCAUUGGCAGCCAUAGCCAUAGCCUUAGGCGCGAGCCACCUGCGCCGGCUCACCCACAUACCUUGCACGCGUUCUCGCGCACCAGAAGCGAUGAGAACAUCCUCAAGUGCUUGGAUACUCCGGUCGCCAGUAGGAUGCAGUCUCUGCCGCAGCCGAAGCACCGUAGGUUACCGCCGCCGCCGCCGCCGCCACCUUACGAAAUACAGAAUCUUGAGAAGAAUCAACCUUUGCCAUCGGCUUCUUCGGUGGGAGCGUCCACAUCGACAGCCACUACGGCCAGCAGUAAGUCUAACAAGUCUAGUAACGGUACAGAAGAGAGCGAUGAAGGCAAGGAUGACGGUAUGCUCGACAUCCGAACGCUUCGUGAGAAGAGCCGGAAUUUGGACUUACCGUUGAUUUCUGCGCUGUGCAACGACCGAUACCUGCUGAAGCAAACCAAGGCCUUCGUCUUGCCGAAGCAUCCCAGCGAGACGUCUACCACGUCCAAUGCCGCUGCCGCCGCCGCUGCCGCCGCCGUCGUCGCUGCUGCUGCCUCGAAGAACAGCGCGCGAAACGGUAAUUCGGCGACUUCCAGCAGGAACAAAUACCCGGUAAGUGGGUUGUCGACUACGCAGAUUCAGAAGCCACCUAGAAAAUCGUCGGCGAGUACCCACAAGCAUCCCUCCGAGGUGAAAGGCAACGCUUACAAGGUCACCGCCUCCUCCACGGCGGCGGUUUCGACGACUAAGAAGGACUUUGCGAAAACGUCUCAUUCCUAACGCUCGUCUUUAUUUCUUUCUUCUUCUUCCCCUCUCUCCCCUCUCUCUCUU